AUGGAAGGCCUUUUACAAUUCCAAGACGAUAUUUCAGAUAUAAUUUCUAAGGCUAGAAAGAAUUUAAAGAAGUCGCCUCAGGAGCGACUAACCCCGUCUUACGUACAAAUUAGAUUGACUAAUUUGGAUGAAUUAUGGCAACAAUUUAACAAGACUCAUGAAACACUUGUUAGGGAAUCGGAAUCUAAAGAAUUUAGGAGUAGUCAGUACUAUGUCAAAAAUGUAUAUGACAGUACAGAAGAAUGUUUCAUUGAUUGUAAGGCUGAAUUUUUAUCUUUGCUUCAUAGUUUCAAAUCGGAAGGUAGUUGCGAGAAUACAGAAGGAAAAACAAGUUCGUCACAAGUUAAAUUACCAAAAAUUAUUAUACCUACAUUUUCGGGAAACUACUUAGAGUGGGUUACGUUCCGAGAUUUGUUUACUUCGUUGGUGCAUAACUGUCAAUCAUUAGAUAACGUACAAAAAAUGUACUACCUUAAGGGUUAUUUAACUGGUGAAGCGGAACAGUUACUUAGGCAAAUUCCGAUAUCGUCUGAAAACUACCAAACAGCUUGGGAAACAAUUAAAUCACGUUAUGAUAAUAAGAAAUUUCUCACCAAAAAUAUUUUACAAAGACUAUUUAAUUUACGCAAUGCUACUGGCGAAUCGGCUCAAUAUUUAAAAUGUUUGAUAGACACAACUUGUGAUUGUUUAAAUGGUUUAAGUAACUUAGGUGUAAAUGUAUCUAACUGGGAUGUGAUGCUAAUAUUUAUGUUAUCGUUAAAACUUGAUCAAGAGUCAAGACGCCAAUGGGAGUUCUUUAGUAGCAAUAAUAGUUCUUCUGAUGUUUUGCCAACCUUUGAGGAAUUUAAAAAGUUUUUAACGGAUAGGGCUCGAGCUUUAGAAGCUUUAGAGGCAAAUAAACCAAAUGUGUCAAAACAGCAAGUUAGACCUAAAACGUUACAUGUUGUUAAUUUUAAGUGCCCUUAUUGUUCUGAAGACCAUAAGCUAAGUUCAUGUAAGAAAUUUAUAAGUAAGGAUAGUGAAUCACGACGUGAUUUUGUCCGGGACAAUCAUUUAUGUUUUAAUUGUUUUAGUAGUACUCAUUUGGCAAGGUACUGUAAAAAUUAUAUCCAAUGUCGUACAUGUAAAAAGCGUCAUCACACUUUAUUACAUCCAGUAAAUAGUAAGCCCGCGAACACUAAUGCCAAUAAUCAGGAACCAAGUAGCUCAGAAACCGGACAGUCCGGGGCGACCAGUGUGCAAGGUCAGGUUAUGACGUGUUUCUCAACCGGUAGAUCAUACGAGCAAGUUUUGUUGGCUACUGCUUUAGUGCAAGCUAAGGCACAAAAUGGCAGGAAUUAUACAUUGCGAGCUUUGUUGGAUCAAGGUUCGCAAGCGUCUUUCGUAACGGAAGCCACGGUGCAGUAUCUGAACCUUAAAAAAGUUUCCGAUAAAGGAAUAGACCUUCUGUUGGGAGCGGAAGUUUACACCCAAGUAUUACGGGACGGAAUAAGAAGGAGUCCUAAUGGAUUAACAGUAGCCCAGUUUACGGCUUUGGGCUGGGUGCUGUCUGGUGGUAUUACCAAUGCAAAAAUACCGAGGUCAAACAUAGUAACGUUCCACUCACGCAUUGAUGAUGAUGCGUUACUCAGAAGAUCUUGGGAACUGGAGUCGGAUACAGAACCCACUAAACCAUUGUUAACAGAGGAGGAAAUUCAGUGUGAGGAUUAUUAUAGUAAGACUACUUACCGAGAUGUCGAUGGCAGGUUUGUAGUUCGCUUACCUUUCAAACCCAAGGAUCCAAGUUACAAGCAUGACACGUACAGGGAAAUAGCUGAAAAAAGGUUAAAUUCAUUAGAAGCAAAGUUAAACAGAAAUACGGAACUAAAGAAUAAAUAUAAGGAAGUAAUGAACGAAUACUUGGAGUUGCAACACAUGGAGAGAGUGUCAGACCCACAAAAAUACCUAGAGACGGCGCUCUACUUACCUCAUCACGCGGUAGUUCGUAGCGAUAAAGAUACUACGAAAGUAAGAGUGGUAUUCGACGCGUCCUGUAAAGGAAGGUAUGGAGUUUCGCUCAAUAAUAAUUUGUUAACGGGACCAACGUUACAAGCCGAUUUAAGAUACAUUAUACUGCGUUGGAGACUAUCACCUAUCUGUUUAGCAGCGGAUAUCAUAAAAAUGUAUCGGCAGGCCAAGUGA